UAUCCUCAAUGAACCCCCUCCCCUUUUUUUUGCAUACAUUGCUGGCUGUGAGGGCAUGUAAUCUGCAGGGAGGAGGGAGAGAAGUGUACUGUCUGCAAAUGCACAGAUAUUGUCUUCCUUUGCUCACUUAUAAUCUGUGGUACAUAAGCAUCAGAGGAGUUGUACCAAGGAGCUUUGAAGGACAAGACAUUCCCAUACCUAUACAUGGGCACUUGAAGAGUUGCACUUCUUUCUGGCCACACAAGUUAGUAGUAUUUUAUCUAACCCUUUUAAGUUAUCACAGCAAAUGACAUCAAAAAGAUAAGCUCUAUGGCAGUGUUAGAGUUUUGGGAUUUUAUGGAUUAAAUGGUCACGUGAUCACAAUUUUUCUGGCCAACAGUAGUGACAACUUUGAUCAAAAACGAAGGUGUCCAGUUUUUUUAACAAUGAGUUUCAUUUAAAAAAAUUAUCUCAACUUAUAUUUCUAGAAUAAUAUUCUUUUGUCACAAUUGUCUGAAGACUGUGAUUGUUCUAAGCCAUCCACAAUUUAGAUUUCAGCAUAAAAUAUAGGUGAUGAGCAACUGAAAAAAUAAGCCAUGUGUAAUGAAUUUGAUGCAAUAUUGUAUUUACAUUGAAAAAGUAUAGAAAGAAAGUAAGUAAAUUCUAAGCACAGGAUUAAUAUGUAUAAAUAUGCUUGCCUCUGCAUAUAAUAUAGAAAAAUGAUUAGUUAAGAGUGCAUACAAGUGUACAACUUAAUAAUUUUCUAUAAAAUAUGUAAUAUUAGUAACAACCGGUACCAAACAUUACUAACUUCAAAGCUGAAACUUUUGUGAGAAAUUAGUUUACAAGUUCAAACCAGUCCAUAGAGAAUGUCAGUGCUUGGAGAAAUGCUGCAAUGUAAUUAUUUUCAUCAUUGAUUUUAACUUGUAAACAAAACUGAAAAAUGGAUAUCUCUUUUAGUACAUUUGUCUCAAAGUAUCACUGUUUGACUUAAAUAUUUUUAGCAGGUUUCUCUUUUAACUUGAUUUGCUAAUCAAGAAAAUAUUUAUAUGAGUGUGUACUUAUAUUAAGUUUACUUAGGACCAUUGAAAACAUGUCAUCUGGCAGGAUACAGAGGUUAUUAUACACCUGUUAUUGGGAACUGGAAGACUUUAUUCUGGUGGAGAGUCCGUUCGCCGAAACGACAGCAAGUGGCAGAGGACUUCACCAGGUGUAUUUGGGCCUAACGCAGAGCCACCUGAUAGUGGCAGCGGACAUGAUCAGGCCGGCCGAGGAAGUGCUGGCCCUGUACUGCUGUGGGGUGGACCCUUGCCUGGAAGACUUCGAGCUCAUCUCGAUAUACCCUCUCAUGCUGGUCCACAUCUCGGCACACUGCCUCCGCAAGAAGCACGUCCUCAAGGUGCACUUCUGCAACAACGUGGUCCGAUACUUCGAGCUCGGGGGCUCCGACAACAAGAAGACCCACUGGAGGCUGUGGCGUGAGCACGUGAGGUUCCUGAGCGCCGACAGCACGGGCUACUCCCAGUCCGAGACGUCUGCGUGCUCCACCGCCAGCCGCGGCUCUGUCUGCCUGGCGUCGAGCGCGGUUGUGCGCGGCCAAUCGGGACGGCCGCAGCUGUGGCAGCAGUUCCGGACGGGAGGCCGCGGCGACCAGAAGCAGGCUCCUCAGAAAGUAAAAUGGCCACAAAAAGAACAGUUUUUCGGUACAGGACAUGAAAAGCUAUCAUUGAAAAUUCUUGAAACAUUGGGCUCUGGUACGAAAUUGGUGUACAAAAAUGAGCAUUACAAUGAAGACAGUGAAAAUGACGUAAAGCGAUGUAGUUCGUCGGAACCGUGUGUACACAAGAAGCAGGUCGUCAUAAACAGGUUCGGCUCUGGGAUUCCAGAGAAUUGCACAACCGCUCUUACGAUGCGACCCGUCAAAAACUUCCACGCAGAACAUGACCAUAAAAUUCCCACAGGAAAAUGUGCGGGAAAGAAAGUCCCGACGGUGCGUCCUUCAGCGUCGGCUGGGACGUCUGUCGCGAGCACGAAGGAUCGGCGAGAGACGUCCGCCCGAGCGUGGAGUCCCCGGUUGGCUCGGAGGAGUCCGACACGCCACCCGCGGCGCUACGCCUUGGAGCCUCUGCCCUUCCUCUGCAGUGGUCUCGGGUUGCUGCAAGUCAUACCUGGAGACAGGUACACCAUCCAGGUGAAGAGGGUCCCCUCCGCGGUGGCGAUCGCUAAGCCCUCGGCGUGCCGGCUCCAGCCCAGGGGCUCCGCGUCCUGCGAGGGGCUCGGCAGGCUGCGGGCCCCUCCGUCGCCCUCCCGCCCGGCCCCCGUCGUCCUGUUCUGGACGCCCGGCUUCUCGUACCGGCCGGCUCCCAGCGUGGCCGGCGGCGUGCGACGGCAGCGAGCCGCCUGCUCCAGUGAAGGCCAAUCAACCCACUGUCAAGAUAAGCAUGACAUUCAUUUGCUGAAUGCUUUGAGAAAUGACCUAACUCUGUCGUCAUGGGAAUUCGACUCGCAGACUUUUGCCUAUCAGCUGACCAUCAUAGACAGGAAUCUAUUUCUCAGGUUGCCAGCUACUGAGCUGGAGAUUGUUUUGCAACAACGAUCUUCGAAGAAUGCCUUCAACAUUCGGGCGGCUAUGUGGUUUUCAACUCGGGUCGCUUCCUUAGUCACUUCGCAAAUACUGGAUGAGAAGUCUCGCAAGGUGCGUGCCCGGCUGAUGUGCCGCUACAUUGACGCUGGCCACAAGUGCUACAGCAUGAACAACUUCCAGUCCUGCAGGAACAUAGUCGCCGGCCUGCAGAGUCCGUCAGUAUACAGGCUGCACCAGACCUGGGCGGUCGUCAGGAGACACCACGCUUCCAGAUACAGGAUGUUUGCGAGGAUGUGUCGGCACUACAGCGGCCCGCCCUCCCGCGCGUGCCGGGAGGAGCUGGCCAAGGCCAGCGCCGGCCUGCCGCUCCUCCCACACUUGGGCGGCUUGCUGGCCCGCCUGCUCACCGGCACCCCGGUGACCUGGCGGCAGGCGUCCGCCCCUUCGCCUCUCCAGCAGGUGGCCGGAGAAGAUUCAAGCAGCUUUUUCGAGCCCGUGCUUACCGACUCGGAGCUGAACGAAGCUCGCCUGCUGGAGGUCACCCAGCUUCUCGUCGCGAGUCAGAAGGCCGCAAAUCUCUUCCAGUUCCCGACGAACAAGAUCGCCCAGAGCUUCCUGCUGAAGGCAAGAUACAGAGAGGAUGUGUACAACUUCCUACUGUCGGCUGCUGAAGAUAAUCACCAAUCUUCCCCAAGGAAACAAUAACAAUUUUACAUAAUACUGAAUGUUUCAGAAGUUUGUACAAUUGAAUUUUUUUUUUUUUUAGCAAUUUGCCAGCGAUGUGUCUGAAUCUUAUAACUUAUAUGUAGCAACACAUUUUUACUUAAAUAAACUAUAUUUUUGUGUG